UGCGCAGGAGCCUCUCCAAGUGUUUGGCGACGCGUCGAGCAGCAUGCAGGACUCGGGAGCGCCGCUGCUGCCGCAGGGAGGGUCCGCCGACGAGUUCCAGCUGGAUCCGGCCUUGUUUGCCCUCGACUCGCUGUACGCGGGCGCCACGCAGCCUCUCGACCCCACGGCCUUCGACACCUCGGUCCCGCACCUCCCGACGCCGCCGCUCUCCUUCCACUGCGACUCGAGCGCGACCCACGUCGACCCCGAGCUGUCGAGGCUCGUCGCCCGCCUGUCCGAGUCGGCCCCUCCUCCAGAUCCCGCCCUCGACGGCGCCUUCCUCCCCUUCUCCACCUCGUCCGACACCGACUCUGGCGCGCACUCUCGAACCACCUCGUCGCACUCGUACCUCUCGCUCGACGGCCCUACCCCGCUCAUCGACAGCAACAGUGCGUCGCCCGCUCCCGCCAACGCCACCUCGACACCGCCACCACCGCCUCCUCCCGUCGACGGCGACCCUCGCGCUCGCGACAUCCCUGUGCGGUACCGCUCGCCCAAGCGCGCCGACGGCAAGCGUCGCCGGGCGCUCAAGUGGACCGAGGUCGAGGACGAUGCGCUCGUGCGGCUCAAGGACGAGUCGGUGGGCGGCGGGCGGCACAUCGAGUGGGAGGAGGUGGCGGCGAGGAUCGGGACGCGACACACGGGCGUCCAGUGCAGGGCACGGUACUAUCUGCUCAAGGACAAGGAGAAGAUCAGGAGCUCGACCGAGAACAACCUCACGCAGGGCUCGACCAAGGACGGCAAGCCUCUCGCUCUACGCCAACGCCUGCCGUUCCGCGAGAUGGACGACGCCGUCCUCCUCUCGCACCUCAUCGACGCCGACCUCGUCCUCAAGCGCAUCGACUGGUCCCACGUCGGCCAGACGCUCGACCCGCCUCGGACCGGCGACAGCUGCUACCAACGCGCGAGGAAGCUCAAGCUCCGGCGCGAGGCCGACCUCGCCGCUCAGGCCGACGCGGCCUCGUCCGGCUGCGGGUCGGCGCGCGCGAGCGCGUCGGGCACGCCGGCGCCCAUGAGCGUGGGCUCGACGGGCGCAGGUACGCCGGCGAGCCUGAGCGCGCAGGACGAGGUGACGCCCGAGCUGCUCGAAGCGAUGCUCGCGCGUGCGCUCGAGGGCGACAUCCCGGUCGGGGCGGCGGUGGACGAGGCAGGGUGAUACGAGGUGGGCUUGCGUUUGUGUAGCGCUCUUUGUGCUGUCAAUGCC